CUGGUACAGUAGAGUUACAGGUCGGAGUGUGUGGAGUGUUUUCAGCCAAUGAGCUGUCACUGCGCUCACACACUCCCUCUCCUCCAGCAUCCCCAACACACUCCAGCGCACAGAGCCGGUGAGAGCCGCUUCCUGCACCUGCUCUGCGAGGGCGCACACGCGGACACGCGCAUACACGCACACGGGAAGAGCAGCUGGAGGCAGCAGUGCAGGUAUCGUGGCAUCGGUGAAGGAUCUGAACCUCACACACGCACAGGAGGCAGACAUGGACCUGACGCUGCUGCUCCGGAAGCUGGCGCUCGUCUCGUCCGUGUGCGUGCUGCUGGCCGGUUGCGCGCGCGCCUGCGGUCCGGGCCGCGGCUACGGGAAGCGCAGACACCCGAAGAGACUGACGCCGCUCGCCUACAAGCAGUUCAUCCCCAACGUGGCGGAGAAGACGCUGGGCGCGAGCGGGAAGUACGAGGGCAAAAUUACGCGCAACUCGGAGCGCUUCAAGGAGCUCACACCCAACUACAACCCCGACAUCAUCUUCAAGGACGAGGAGAACACCAACGCAGACCGACUCAUGACCCAGCGAUGUAAAGACAAGCUGAAUUCGCUGGCCAUCUCGGUGAUGAACCAGUGGCCCGGGGUGAAGCUGCGUGUAACAGAGGCCUGGGACGAGGACGGCAACCAUUUUGAAGAGUCUUUACACUACGAGGGCCGAGCGGUGGACAUCACGACCUCGGACAGAGACAAGAGCAAGUACGGGAUGCUGUCGAGACUCGCCGUGGAGGCCGGAUUCGACUGGGUUUAUUACGAAUCCAAAGCGCACAUACACUGCUCCGUCAAAGCAGAAAAUUCCGUCGCUGCUAAAUCCGGCGGCUGCUUUCCCGGAUCUGCGUUGGUUUACCUCUCAGAUGGAAGCACGAAGCACGUGGAGGAUCUGAAGGAAGGUGAUAGGGUUCUUGCAGCAGAUGAGCUGGGAAACAUCGUGUACAGCGACUUCAUCGCCUUCCUGGACCGAGAUGUGAACAUGCACCGGACAUUCCUCGUACUUGAGACGUCGGAGCGUAACGUGACUCUGAGGCUCACGGCGGCGCACCUGGUCUUCGUCCGGGACGAUUCGGCUGCCUCGGGGAUGGCGGCGAAGUUUGCGAGCGGCGUGAAACCAGGACAGGAAGUGUUUGUGUGGGAGGGGCGGGGACGUCUGAGGAGUGCACGUGUAGAGCGUGUUUACGCGGUGGAGGACAGGGGCUCGUACGCGCCGCUCACCGCACACGGGACCAUCGUGGUGGACGGUGUGCUAGCUUCGUGCUACGCUGCCGUGGAGGAGCACCGCUGGGCGCACUGGGCUUUUGCGCCGCUCCGCCUGUGUCACACGCUCACGGCGACCUCAUGGUGGCGCUGGAUUGUACCGGAUUCAAACGUUACUUCGCAGCAGGACGGGAUUCACUGGUAUCCCAAGAUGCUGCUGCACGUCGGAAUGUGGCUGCUGGACCGGGACGCUUUCCACCCGCUCGGGAUUUCAGGCUCGAGCUGAGACUCGUACAACGUACAGCAACGUUUUAGUCCAAAAUGCAAAUUCUGCUAACUAUGAAUGAAAGCUAAUGGACACUAGUUAGCAUGGUGUGCUUGUGAUAAAUCAGUGGCUGUUCACAUUUAAGGCCCAGUCAUGCUAGCUUUCUAUUCAUGAGAAUGGAAAUCGUCGCAAUCAGUCGUAUCGCGUCACAGAUUUCUGUGAAUAAAUUUCUCUAGCUUUCUCUAGUACUUACAAAUUUGGUGAAGUACGACGUGCAAAUUCACAGCAUUGCUAGCAGAACUAGCAGAACAGGCUGCGUUUAUGUCUGAAGGUCCUUCAUACUUUCAGCGCUAAUACAGGAUGUGCUCGUUUAGUCACGCAUGAUGUUUUCCCAGCUUUUUCUUUUCAUUUUUUUUUUAUUCCUAGCAAAUCAGGCAACUUGCUAGCAACCAAUUAUAGCAGAUGGACAAACAGCCCAGAUUUCCAACGAACUCUUAGCGUACAACGUUUUGUGUCUUUAUGGACAAUGGAAUUAGCUGAACUGGAUUUAGGAAGUUAGCAAAAUCUAAAUUCUCAUACAUGAAUCUAAAAAUGCUAAGUCACAGCUAAACUGCUAACGGUUCCAAAAUGGAGAAAUUCUCUGUGUCCUGCCUGUUCCUCAAACUUUUAGUGUGACUGUGGCUUUAUUCGGUGUUAGCAUUAGCAUUAGCGUUAGCAUUAUGGACUGAAAUGUUCUACUCAGUGGCAUUAACUAAAAGAAACGAUUUUGGAGGGAAAAUAAAUCACAAUUUUACACAGACUUCACAUUUACCUCACGUUUAGUCAAUUACAUAAUGUGUUAUACAUGCUAGCCAGGCUAAUGGACGCUUAUGAACAGUUAGCAUCAUUCAAACUGCAGACUCGAGAAUCAUCACACAUUCAUCUCAAACUGUGUUAAAUAAUUGGACUCUGUGGUGUUUUAGUCACUGGUGUGUAUCGGUGUUUAGCUAAUUCGGCAUGCAUAAACGUCCAUUACUUGUUAGCGACAUUAGCCUAAAGGACGCGAGAGGAAACGUGUCCUAAUGAUUAGUGUUGAUUUAAUUCUUCUCCUUGAAUCACUUCUUUAGUGGCUCGAGAAUCCUGAGAACGUGUUUCGGUAAAUAAUUUAUUUGGUUUUGGAUCAUUCGGAAGCGGAACGAUGGGAUUCGGGAUUCACAGAGAUGAAGUGAGAUCGAGGAGACGUUAAAUCUCUCCGAACGCUGACUGACUGCUCACUUUUACCGGAUAGUCCGACACUCAUAAAUUAUAUUUUUCUACACAGAUUUGUAUAUUAGAUUUUUUUGACGGAUCUAAACUAUUUACAGAAUCACAUUUCGUUAUUUGAAAUAGUGAGAGAUAUAAAAAUGUGUUCGCUGUAUUUAAAGAUAAAGUGUGUAAUUGUUUUAUUUUUAAUUGUAUAUUUACACCAGUAACUGAUUUUUUUUUUUUUCAUUUCAUGUGUACAAAGAUGUAAAAAUAAACUAUGCUAAUGAGGAUGACGUGUCUGAUCUUUCUAAAUUCAUUAAAUACAUCAAGUUUUUACAUUAGUAACUGAGGAGUGUGAUUAAAAAAAAAAAAAAAAAGGCCUGGAUGAUCGACUGGAUUUAUUGAGUGUAUGAAGCACAGACCUUUUCGCACUUCCCUGUCCCAUCAUGCACCACUGCACAAAAGGGGCGGGGCUUGUACCACAUAAAAUGGCUCCCAAUGACAGCACGGUCCCGACUCUUUCUUCUCCGAACUGCUAAACACACUUAGCACAAUGAACUAGCACUUAACAUGGUCUGAUGUUGCGUUCAUGUUGUUACAAACCUCAGAUCCCUCGUCAGUGUUUCGUUUCAAACUGCACUCAG